CAGCACGGACGGGAUGGGCCCCGCCGGGUGGUGGGCGCUUGGCAUGGAGGGACGGGGAGAAAGGAGAGCGGGGUCCGCCCCGCCGAGCCCCCCCCUCGGGCACCCGGAGAGGGGCUGGCAGCGGAUCCCCAUUGAUCGCCCCGCGGGAUCGCCCGGUGCGCCCACACAGAGCCCGGGCGUGUGCCCCGAGCACGGCGUGGCCAGGCACCGGCACGGGUCACCCCCGUGGAUGCGCCAUCCCUGGCAGCGCCCAAACCAGGCUGGACGAGGCUUGGAGCCACCCGGCCCGCGGGGAAGGUGUCCCUGCCCGCGGCAGGCGGCGGAACGCGGUGAUCUUUAAGGUCCCUCCCAACCCCAAAGCCGGGGGUUCCUCCCCACCCAGACCUCUGCGUUGUCUGUGCAAUACCCGCACCCAGGGGCUGUCCCGCGGGGUUUGCUGUUGGUGCUGUUGUUGUUUUUGCUGUUGUUAUUGUUCUGACAGCUCCUGUCAGCAGCGCUACCCCGUUAUUUUCACCCGUUCACGGCACCAGCCCUUGAGCUGCGAGCGGAGCCGGCCGCCUGGCCGCUGAGAACUACCAAACCACGGCAGGAAAUUUGAGCACAAGGAAACCAAACCGGCAUAAUUCGCCGAGUUUUUACAGCCUGAUCCUCAGCUGAGGCUUUCUGUAAUGCCCUGCUCUGCGUCAGGGGCACUGCCUCGGGAGGGACCGAUACGCAAGAACAACUCGCUGUUAAGGAAACUUCCAUGCGGGCACAGCCGAGUUCGAGAGGGAGAUAAAGGGAGAAAUAAUGUCACGUUACCGAGGGCACGCUGGCAUUCCAACAAAAGGGGGUUAUGUAUGAAAAGGAUAUUGUACAGAUCACCUGUCUAAAAAGCCCAGCCUGACUUAAAAUCCCCUCCGCCACUGUUCUUUAAUGAAAAUACUAGUUUUAAAGAAUUGGAGCACCUUGGAAUAGAUGUGAGCACAAGACACGGCGCCGGCUGGAGCUGCCCGGGAACACCAUGGCUGCCGCCCCUCACCUCAACUCGGACGCGCUCCGAGAGGUCCUGGAGUGCCCCAUUUGCAUGGAGUCCUUCACCGAGGAGCACCUGAGGCCCAAGCUCCUGCACUGCGGGCACACCAUCUGCAAGCAGUGCCUGGAGAAGCUCCUGGCAAACAGCAUUAACGGGAUACGGUGCCCGUUCUGCAGCAAGAUCACGCGGAUCACGAGCCUGGCUCAGCUGACUGACAACCUCACGGUGCUCAAGAUCAUCGACACCGCUGGACUGGGGGAGGUGGUGGGUCUCCUCAUGUGCAAGGUCUGCGGGAGGAGGUUGCCGAGGCACUUUUGCAAGAGCUGCAGCUUGGUUUUAUGUGAGCCCUGCAAGGAGGCUUCGCACCUGCCCCAAGGGCACAGAGUCACUGCUAUCAAAGAGGCUGCUGAAGAGCGUAGGAGGGAAUUUGGGACGAGGCUUGCCAGGCUAAGGGAGCUCAUGGGUGAUCUUCAGAAAAGAAAAGCUGCUCUGGAGGGUGUUUCCAGAGACCUGCAAUCCAGGUACAAAGCAGUGCUGCAAGAGUACAGCAAAGAGGAGCGCAAGAUCCAGGAGGAACUGGCCAGGUCACGCAAGUUCUUCACCACUUCUUUGUCUGAAGUGGAGAAGGUAAAUAACCAGGUAAUGGAGGAGCAAGCCUACCUGCUGAACUUAGCAGAAGUGCAGAUAAUGUCCCGCUGUGACUACUUCCUUGCCAAAAUAAAGCAGGGGGAUAUAGCUCUCCUGGAGGAGGCGGCAGACGAGGAGGAACCAGAACUGACAAACAGUCUCCCAAGGGAGCUGACUCUGCAAGAGGUGGAACUCCUGAAGGUGAGCCACGUGGGACCACUGCAGAUCGGGCAGGUGGUGAAGAAGCCUCGAUCCGUUAACGUGGAGGAAUCGCUCCUGGAAACUGCAGCAUCCUCGUCGGUGUCGUUUAGGGAGCCUGACCUGGUGCAGGAAGAGCCCAGCUGCACUCCCCAUUCCUCACCAGCCAAGCCAAGGAUUCCCGAAGCAGCCACGAGCAUCCAGCAGUGUCACUUCAUCAAGAAGAUGGGCUCCAAGGGCAGCCUGCCAGGCAUGUUCAACCUCCCCGUCAGCCUGCACGUCACCACGCAAGGCGAGGUGCUCGUGGCAGACCGGGGCAACUUCCGAAUCCAGGUUUUUACCCGCAAGGGCUUCCUGAAGGAGAUCCGCCGGAGCCCCAGCGGGAUCGACAGCUUCGUGCUGAGUUUCCUCGGGGCAGACUUGCCCAAUUUGACUCCCCUCUCUGUCACCAUGAACUGCCACGGCCUGAUCGGGGUGACAGACAGCUAUGAUAACUCCGUCAAGGUGUACACCAUGGACGGGCACUGCGUGGCCUGCCACCGGAGCCAGCUGAGCAAGCCCUGGGGCAUCGCCGCACUGCCCUCGGGGCAGUUCGUGGUGACCGACGUGGAAGGGGGGAAGCUCUGGUGCUUCACGGUGGACCGUGGCGUGGGGGUGGUGAAGUACAGCUGCCUGUGUAGCGCGGUGCGCCCCAAGUUCGUCACCUGCGACGCCGAAGGGACCAUUUACUUCACUCAGGGGCUGGGGCUCAACCUGGAGAACCGGCAGUACGAGCACCAUCUGGAAGGAGGCUUUUCCAUCGGCUCCGUCGGCCCCGACGGGCAGCUGGGGCGGCAGAUCAGCCACUUCUUCUCGGAGAACGAGGACUUCAGGUGCAUUGCUGGGAUGUGUGUCGAUGCCAGGGGAGACCUCAUUGUUGCUGACAGCAGCCGUAAAGAAAUCCUGCAUUUCCCUAAGGGAGGCGGCUAUAACAUCCUGAUCCGGGAAGGGCUCACCUGCCCGGUCGGUAUUGCCAUUACUCCCAAAGGGCAGCUCCUGGUGCUGGACUGUUGGGAUCACUGCAUUAAGAUCUACAGUUACCACCUGAGAAGAUACUCCACCCCUUAAAAGUCAUGGCUGUAAGCGAAGCCUCUCCUGGCAGCAGGCAUUCUUCCAGCCUCCCUGCAAUCCGACGGGAACAAGUGUCAAGCCUUCAGGAAGACUGUGCCAUAACCGAAGGGGAUCUGGCAUAGAGGCCAUCAUGUUUUGUGUUUAGAAACAAAGUAGCUUUUGUGGUGGUGGUGGUGGUGGUCUGCUUUUUCUUCUUCUUUUUUUUAUAUAAAAUCCAUACAAAUAAGAACAAGCUUGAGGGAAGGGAUCCAUCCUUUGGGAGCGUUGGUUCCUUGCUAAGUGACUGGUCACUCCAGACACCUUCUCACCUCCUUACGCCACAUCUCCCCUCCCAGCUUUUAACCAUUGUGUCUUUCUUUGUGCCAUAAAAGAUGAGUGACUGCUCUAAAUCACCUUUCCUUACAGAACUAGCAAGGCAAUCCUCCUCUCUCUCUGUGGUACUCACAAGGAACUGGGUAGCAGUUGUCUGGGCAACUCCUAGAGAGAGCAAUUUGGGAUUGCAUAAAAUGAAAUGGCCCUCGUCAGCCACACGGAGAUGGAGCUUUACUCCCACCCUGACAAGGGACAGUUGUCUCUCUCCCGUUUUUCUGGUGUUCAGGAGAUCACCCCGUCGUGCCAUUUGUGAGCUGAGUCUGUUCCAUGUGAAGUGAGUACUGUGCAAUCGUGGGAGACCAAGCUGAGCCAGAAAACUGCCCUCUUUAUUACUGAGUAGUAAGAAAACAGGGGUUUUAUUACUACUCAGAGUCCUGCUAGGUAGAAGGGGGUAAAAAGGGAGGGGGUUGAAGGAAAAAAAAACCUGAGGGGAAACCUAGGGUUGCUAUUUACUGCUGUUUUAUUAUUAAAUGUAUCCUGGAAACUGUCUUUGGAAGGUGUACCUGGUAUCUAAAAUUUCCUGGGGAGGGGGGAAGGGCUGGGGGAAUGAAACUGGGAGAUUGUAUAAAAUGAGAUUAAAUGCAACAUGUUGUAUGUUCACCUGCACUUCACUGCUCUGCAUUCCAGACCAUUGCAUUUAGCAAGAGGUUUCCACUCAUCUGCAUCUCCUAUGUGCAAGUUACUCACUGCUGAGAUAGGGAUGGGGAGGGGGGGACUAUUUCACUUUUAAUUUUUUCAUACUUGGAAGCACAUCCAUUGAUGCACUGCCUUUUUUUUUUCCCUUGCACAGCAAAACACUACAUUCCUCAGAUUUUUUUUUUUUUUUUUUUACGGCACCAGCAGGCACCAGAGUUGCUGUUCAUCACGGCUUUGGGCCAAAUGAAACACAAAACUGCAGCUGUGUGAACCAAGGCCCCCACAGUGCUACUCUCCUGGCUGAUAAAUGUGUACCUCAGUGUGGUGCUGCUCGCCCAGAAUAGUUUAUUGAAGGAAAGAUGCAUUUAAAUAGGGCACAGUGGUAGCAUGUUAAUCUGCCACAGAUAAUAGUUACACUGCAGUGCAUUUAUUUGUUGCUAUCAACAACGUAGUUGCAAAUUUGGGGGCACGGCAGACAAUAUAAAAGCUGAUUUUAUGGUGGCUGCCGUGCUCCAGCAAAUUGUUUGCUGCUUGUCCUACAACGUUUGCAACAGGUGAAUUUUUUCUUUUUUUUAAGCUCCCAUAUAGUCUCCCCUAAGGAAACAGCAAAAUGAAACAGGCUUCUGAGCUGCUGCUGCUCCAGAUGGGUGUUUGGCAGUUACAGGCUUUGCAGAAGAAGCGCUGGGAGCAGAUUUUGGUGGGAUUUUCGGGUUUUAUUCCUCUUCCUGUUGUGCUCAGCCAGAGCGCUGAAGGGGCCAGCACACAAACACAGCUGUGUGGUGGAGCUGCCCCUCCAAUCAGGGCAACUUCUGAUUCCUCUUGCUAUAAUGCACUGGAAAAAGCUUGUGGAGAAGGGAGCUGAGACAGGAGGUGGUAGAUGGUGCUGAGGGAGCCCAAGGGACUGAACCCCCUUCCCUCCUGAGCUGCUCUUUGUGUUUGCCAAGGCUGCCAACUUGCACAUCACUAUUUACACUCCCUGCUUCUCUUUUUUUGGGUGGGAAGGGGGGCACGUGACAGCAACCUGGGGAGCCCUUCUCACCUUGCAUGUGUGUUUUGGGGAGAUGAGGACCAUUAAUGGGCCGUGCUGCAGUUAAUGACAUUGUAACUGAAGGCGUUUUCCCAGCAUCAUGGCAAUGGCAGUUCCUCUCCUUCUGAUGUGUUUUAAACAUUUCUCCUGCUUCCAAGAACUGCUCCAAGCAGGAAGCUACUGUGGACCUGAAUAACUGAAGCAAUAUUAUCUAUGAUAAUAUGUACCUCUGUCAUUUUCUGUUCCCAUGGAUAUUUUUUUUUGCAAUAAACAGCACACUGUACUAGCAAUAACAUUUCCUGGAGUGCUUGAAGGGACAUAAAAACUGGUCCAGCAAACUGAGCAGUUGGUUACCCCAGCCUGUUCCUGGUUACAGAGUUCAAACAAAGCAUCUGUCAUCUGUUUCUCACUCGAAGAAUUAAGGAAAAUAAAAAUACCCUGCGAUUCACUGGUGGGCCAGGACACUGCAAUCGACGCCCGGGGCUGUGUCUCGCCUGCAGCUCUUCUAGUCUGGGCUUUCAGGCACAAAAGGGGAAAAGAAAACCUGCUGUCCCUGCCCAGGGUCUGCAUGUCCCCUGACAAAACUCGACAGUGACUGUGAGAUGAUUUUACAGAGCCCUGUUUUUUGCUGUGGUGCCCCCACACAGUGUUGUGAUCGUCUGCCAAACAAGGAGUAAUUAAGGAUUGUGUUGAAAUAGUUGGCUCCUGUACCUGUACCUGGAGAAAGAGCUUGUCUGGUCAUACGUAUGUGUUUGGUUUUUAAAGAUUGUGUAAUAAAGGAAAAAUUGAUCCAAUUAAAAGUGCAUUGCAAACGG